UAUUUUACAAACCAAAUCUGUUGCGUGAGCGCGCCGAUGUGCCGAAUACCAUUAGCAAAUUGGACUUUCCAUUUGGUCAUCCCUAGAUAUAUCAACUUGUGCAUUGUUUCAUUCAAGUUAUGCAAUGGCAUAUUCGGAAUUACAAGUACCUGACACAGCUCAGCACUAUUUGGUUUGUGGCUUUGAAGACUGUGAGAAUAACUGCCUGUUUUACUGCAAUCCUUGUCACCAACCUCUAUGCGAGCAAUGCAGGGACAAACAUGAGAAGAGUCCAGACACCAGGAACCAUGAAGUGGUUUCUUACCGGCACCGCAAAAAUCAAUUUCCAGUUGAGAAAUGCAGGGAUCACCCAACUAAGGAUAUAGACAUUCUCUGUGACGAAUGCAAUGUGCCUUUAUGCUCCAAGUGUUCUACGUUGCUUGUCCACAAGGGGCAUUCCUUUACCGACUUGGAGACAAUUUAUACAGAAAAAUCUGUGGCAUGUCGUCAGAAAAUCCACAAAAUUCAAGCAUACUUUAUUCCAACAGCAAAGCGUUUGCAAAGUGAAAUAAAACUAUAUGCCACAGAAAUAACGAAAAUCAUGGAUAGCAUAAGAACAUUCAUGAGAGAUGAAGCCAAGUCUCUAAAAACGUUGGUGGAAGAAGUGACAUCGGAUAACAUAGAACAAGUCAACAAAAUGGAAGGGUCAAUAUGGAAGAUGCUUCAUAGUCAACACAAAACAUAUCAUGAUUACAUCUGUUAUCUUGAAGACCUUGUCAAAAAAUUCCAUGGAUACCUGUCCUCUACUCAAUUACAAAAUAACCCCAUUAUUUUUCCACUUACUGAACACUUAACAAUCCAGUCCAUACCAGAUACUGCCACACCAAUCCCUCCAGUAUUUACUGCUGGUCGAUACAGCAAGGAGGAUGUCGUCAAACUACUGGGUAGAAUAACUGUUCCUCAGACUAAACCAGAGAAAACAAAUUUGAAAGCUAUGGAAAUUGCUUCUACACACAUAAAACCUACAGGGAAACAGAUGAGAGAGGGUAGAGAAAACUCUGACGUGAAACAGACACUGUCUUUGUCUUCCUCUGUCACCAAGGUCAGGGAGUAUGGCGAACCAGGUGUUGACAGAAUACAGCAUAUAACACUAGGUAAAUCAAGCUCACUCUGGGUCAGUGAUUAUUGUAGUAACAUUGUCCAAACAGAUCAAAAGGGUAAUCAGCUACAGAGGAUACACACUAAGGAUGUUAGAUAUGUAGGGAACCUAACAAUCACACAGGACGGGGAUCUUAUCUAUACAGACAAACACAACAAAGUCAUCAACAGGAUAACACUGAAUAAUACAAUCACCGAAUUCAUUAAAACGGGAGACUGGACGCCACUCAGCAUUCACUCCUCCCGCACUAACGGGGACAACCUUUUGGGGAUGAUUAAAGAAGGAAAAGGUAAAGUCACCAGAUACAACAAGACAGGGAAAGAAAUACAAAGCAUAGAGAGGGACAACAAAGGACAGGAACUAUAUAGUUAUCCACACUACAUCACAGAAAACAUUAAUGGUGAUAUCUGUACAUCCGAUUUAAUCAAACAGGCUGUAGUGGUAGUGAAAAAAUCAGGACAACACAGGUUCUCCUACACAGGUCAGGGGUCAGAGUUUUACCCCCGGGGAGUGUGUACUGAUCGCCUGGGUCACAUCCUGAUGUGUGAUAUUUACAGUAACACAGUUCAUCUCUUGGACCAGGACGGUCAGUUUUUGUGUCUCCUUCUCAAACAACAACAAGGGGCAUGGUCUCCCUGUAGUGUAUGUGUGGAUGAUGAGAACAAUCUUAUUGUGGGACAAUGGAAAACCAACACCCUGACAGUAUACAAGUAUUUACAGUGAUGAUGUAAUGUUACAACAAAACCAAACUGUUUUAUAAACCAAUUUACUAUCAAAUUUAGCUUUUAGAUUUUAAGGCAUGAUUUGUUCAGCUAUCAAUUAUUAUUUAAAUUUUGUUUUUAAUACAUAUACAUGCAUACCAUUUAUUCAAACCAUACCACUCAAAUACAAGUUGAAAAAGUGUUCACUAAAUUACAUGUGAUUAAAUUCUAUUAGAAAUUAUGCAUGAAAGAGGCAUGCCCAAUUUGACCAUUAUCUACUAUAAAAUCUAUUCUUCAAUAUUAAUUUUUCUAAGGAAUAAUAAUUUUGUAAAUAUUUCAUAAUAGCAUCAAAUGCGAUAUAUUAAGCACUUUUUCUGGAAUAGCCAAAAAUAUGUUUCUUAAGUAACAUGAAUAUCAAACUUAUAGAAAGCAUUUUUAUCCACCAAACUUUCUAAAUAUCAAAACAGACAUUAAUGACCAUAUUUGAGAAAUAGAUUGACAAUAAAAAAAGAUAUAUUUAACUGUCUCUGGUUCUAAAGAACCUACUGAACAUAGUGAGGGAUUUUUAAUUGGUGUUAGUACUUAAUUUCUGUGAAUAAUUCUCGAGAUAAAAUAUAUCAAUCUUGAAUAUUUUGUAGCAGAUCUAUGGUUAAAAUGAACUGUUUCCAGUUAAGAUAUAAAGGUGAAUUAAAACCGUUAGCCCAUAUGUUUUGACUUAUCUGAAUCUACAAAUAGGUCUAUGCUGUGAUUUUGCCAUAAGGGAUCUUUAAUGAUCCGCCCUCCUUUUUUACACAUGCAAAGUAUUUUAACAGAUUCAGAUUGGUAUGGCUUGAUUAUUAAUUAAGGAUAUAAAUAUCAACUAUUUUUAAGUGAAGAAAAAAAUUCAUAAAUUUUACAUCUAAAAUUUGGUUAGUUUCCUAUAUCUUUAUAGAGCUUUUCUAUUAUAUAAAUAUCUCAAAACAGUCUAAAUAUGACCACUGCCAUCGAGCUCUCUUACGCUCUAUGAUUCUACCCUCAGUUCUAUCAACAUUUUUUGUAUUAAAAAACUUACAUUACAAUAAACAUUUGCAAUUUAAAAUGUUUACUUUUUACUUAAAAAGAAACAAAAAGUCCAGGGGACACAUUGUUAAAUGGCAGUUAGACAAAACAGUGCAAUAAAGUCUAUUACAAAAAUAUCUGGACAUCUUUUAUAAGUAUGAAUU